AUGAAAGCUGCAGUGAAAUUGUUGGUGUCACAUUACGGGAUAUCGUUGUGUUGUAAACCAGUAUGUCAAGCAUAUCGUUUUGCAUCCGAAAACAACGAAACAAUUAGAAAAAAGUUACUUCCAUCUGAACAGCGUUUUGAUGAAGUGGUCAUUGAAUUGCGCAGCAAACAAACUUUUCUAAAUGUUAUUGAUAAUUUUUGUAAAAAGCAAACACAUGCUCGAGGACACGUUGAAUUUAUAAAUGCCGCUCUGAAAUAUAUGAAAGAAUAUGGGUUACAAAAGGAUUUGGAUAUUUAUAAAGCUUUGCUCAACAUAUUUCCGAAGGGGCCAAUGAUACCCACGAAUGUUUUUCAGCAAAGAUUCUUAUAUUAUCCUCAGCAGCAGAUAUGUUGUAUUAAACUUCUCGACGAAAUGGAAUGGUUUGGAGUGCAGCCUGAUAAAGAAAUCCAUGAUUUAGUCGUUAACGCUUUUGGUGAAUGGAAUUAUGCCUCGAAAAAGAUGAAACGUAUGAUGUAUUGGAUGCCGAAGUUGAAACACUCGAACGGCUACUUGGAUCGUCGAAAAAUUCAAGGCAAGAAGUUGAGUGCUGUAGACUUUGGUUAUUUAGCGUUAAAAAUGAUAUCGCGUGACCCAGGUACACGAAUAACUCUUGUUGAGAUGAACGAUACAGAGUUAAAUGAAUCUGAUAGGUGGCUGUUGUCGGCUCAAAGUCAUCUUCAGAAGAAAUUAUUACAAAGUUUGAGAAAAAGUACUACGUUAUAUGUGGAUGGACCUAAUAAAGUAUAUUUAAUGGAUAAUUGUAUUGAGUACGUUGGUCUCUUUAGUAAUCCGAAAUCUCAUUACUAUGAAAAAUAUGAUGACAAUAAUUUGGAUGAAGACUUUGAAAAUUGGGAAAGCGAGUGGGAUAGAAGGUAUGAAAAACGUCCAAACAUUCACGAACAGCAACAUGAAACAGUUCUAGCACUUUCGGUUUUUGGCAAAGUUUAUCGAAAAACUGCAAUUGCUUGGAUCAGUCAUUUGCAAGAAACAAAUCCAUCCUUACAUAGUGCCCAAGUUUUAUUCCGCACAAAACAAGCCACUAAGACAUUAGUAACACCAUUAGCUUGA